AUAUAUAUAUGUGUAGGUACUAUAUUGUACUACGUCUAACGUCUAACUGAGAAGGCGAAGAUCAUGACUUAAAAAAAAACAUCCAUCUACUUCAAGACUGCAGUUAUACUAUAUCGUCCACUUUCUAAACACAAAUUGUUAAAAAAAUAAUAAAUCAUUCUUCAAAAAUACAUAAAAUUCAAACGUGUAAUCAAGGUACGAGCUUCAUACAUGGGAUAUGGAGAUCAAUAAGUAGAUAGUAGAUAUAUAUCGAGACUUGCCCGGUAGGUAUGUCUAUUUGAACACAAAGUACAAAUACCGUCAUUUAGUCAACAAAAGGUUUGUGCAUAUUAUUUGCUGUAGCUUUAUUUCAUGGAAAAAAUGUACUCACCAAGUUUCGAAUUAAAAAAAAUCGCAAACGUGAAGGUGGCGUAACCGCGUGUGUCAUGUCGCAAAACAAUAACAAAAUAUCCAUUAGCCUUAGUGGUUUCUGUUUAGUGCAGCCGACUCUUAAACAAAUCAUCUUCAUAUUUUAUUUUGUUUAAUGCGAAGACCAUUUAUCGAGCUACGUUUUACUCUACUGUUGUUGACCCAAUAGGCUUAACUUAUUUGAUUCCAAACGAACAGUACCUUGUAGAACAGAUUUUGAAUGUGUCCGAAAUUGGGUGUUCUGAUUACAUUGUGAGAAUGCAAGAACCGCAAAAGUUCAUGGUUGCGUUCGAACGUGUUGUUCAUAUAGGAGACAUAAGAAGAAGUGAUCGAAAGAUUAUAAUACUGCCAUAUGAUGAGGACUACAACGAAAACAGAGAAAUAGAUUUGCCUUCUAUGGUGUUUUCUAUGAAGGAGAGCCAUUUCGUUGCAGAUAUGUUGAUGAUCGAGAACUAUAAAAGUGACACAAAUUGCAAGUUAUUUGAUUUGAUAACACACAAAUUUGUUGGCUCAGAUAAUGAAAUACAAUUGCCGAUACAUUUAGAUCGUUGGAAUUCGUGUACAGAGAAAUUCGAGAAUCAAGCCAAUUUAUUUCCCCAUGACAUGACAGAUUUGUACGGUAAAACGGUGAAGGUGGCUUGUUUUACUUACAAGCCUUAUGUUCUGUUGGACAUAGACCCCGCUAUUGAACCUCUUGGUAGAGAUGGCGUGGAGGUCAGGAUUGUUGAUGAAUUUUGCAGGUGGAUUAAUUGCACUGUGGAAGUUGUGCGGGAAGACAAAGAUCAGUGGGGAGAAAUUUAUGAAAACCAAACCGGUGGCAUUGGAGUUAUAGGAAGUGUUGUAGAAGAUCGAGCUGAUCUAGGAAUAACGGCGUUAUAUUCUUGGUUUGAGGAAUAUCGCGUUAUGGACUUUUCAGCCGCUGGCGUGAGGACUGCUAUAACUUGCAUCGCCCCAGCACCAAGAUUAUUAUCAAGUUGGGAAAUGCCGUUAAUGCCAUUCACAUGGUUUAUGUGGCUUGCUGUUGUAUUUACAUAUUUCUGCGCAUCCAUAGGACUUUUGAUUGCACACGGGUGUGUUACGACAUCAUACCCCUUUUUGAAUGUUCUUGGAAUGAUGAUAGGGCAAUCUCUUUACGACGAUAGCGCAUCGUGGACAAUCCGAAGAGUCACAGGCUGGCUACUUAUAGCUGGCCUAAUAUUAAGCAGUGCCUAUGGUGCUGGUCUUGCCUCUACAUUCACAGUUCCUCGAUAUGAGCCGUCUAUUGACACGGUACAAGACAUUGUGGACAGAAAAAUGGAAUGGGGAGCCACGCAUGACGCUUGGAUAUUCUCACUUACUUUAUCUACAGAACCACUAGUAAAACAGUUAGUAAGCCAAUUUCGAAUACGUUCGUUUGAUGAAUUAAAGAGAAAAAGUUUUACAAGAAGCAUGGCGUAUAGCAUUGAAAAAUUACCCGCAGGAAACUUUGCCAUAGGAGAAUAUGUUACCCAAGAAGCAAUACUAGAUAUGAUGAUAAUGCUAGAAGAUUUUUAUUACGAGCAGUGUGUUAUAAUGUUGAGAAAGAGUUCUCCAUAUACACCUAAAGUCAGUGAAUUGGUUGGACGUUUACAUCAGUCUGGUCUUCUAUUGGCAUGGGAAACACAGGUCGCUUUAAAACAUCUAAACUACAAAGUGCAAGUUGAAGUUAGACUAUCAAGAUCCAAGAACGACGUUGGAACCACAAAGCCUUUGAAUCUUGGGAAUGUUAUGGGAGUCUUCAUCAUAUACGUAGUUGGCGUAAUAUGCGCCUGUGCAACUUUUUUGGCAGAGAUCUACGUGCAUCGACGAAAAGUGAAGAAGGAGCUCACUCAUUUGGAAUCAUUAGAUUAAAGAAUAUUUCACCGAGAAUAACCAUUAACUUAGUGGCUAGAAGUAUUUAGCGCCAAAUGUAUUUUAUGCAUUCAUAUUUGUACAUAUCACGAGUAUCAGAAUUUGUCUUUUCUAACUAGCGUUUACGAUUUGGCAAAAAAAUUAACGUAAAAAAACGAAUUAUUUAGGUGGUAACUAUGUACUGUAUGUAGUAGCUUAACAGGGGUCGUCGUUUUAUAAGACUUCAGAAAGGAGGAGAGUAUGCAGAGUCAAAAAAUAGGCGGUUCUCACUUCGUCGGUUCUUUUCUUUGUGUGCCCUCAGAACCGAUUUUGAUUUUUUAUUUCGUGCGUAGCUAUCAGUUGGUCCCAUAAAAUUUAUUCAUUUAGUAAGUCUCAGUCGUUCGUAUGUUUUUGUUUAAAACAAUAUUAAUAAAAUUACUUACCUGCUUGCUUAUUAUGCACUAAAAUAUUGACCCAUGUAACCCCUUUUUCCAUCAAUAAUAUUGUGAAAAAGUUAUUUGAAUAUUACCGCGGCUCCAUACAAAAACAAUUUCUUUUAACCAUAUCAUAUCUAAAGUCCCUUCAAAUACCUAAUUAUAAUUAUUGAUUUGAAAAUAUUACGAAAAGCCCUUCUACUGAUUGAAAAACGAUUCAAAACAAUUAUUUUUUACAAUUAAU